AUGUGUGGGAGGGUGGACUGGGAGGAGGUGAGGCCUAUCUAUCUGUUAGAUGUCUCAGCUUGGAGAGAAGAUGUGCUGGGUCCCUCUCCUCUGUCUGCCCCAGAGACCUGGAGACACAGGGUAAGUCCAGCUGCUGAGGCUGGGGUGGGGCAGGGGACAGCAGGCAGAAGCUACUGGGGUCCUGGACCUACUCCAUUCUUCCCUGGCCAGCAUCCCUUCCUAAAGGCCCGAGAAGAGGACGAUGAGGAGGACAAGUAUGAGCUGCCCCCCUGUGAAGCUCUGCCUCUCAAUCUGGCCCCUGCGACCCGUCCUGGAGCGGAGGAGGACUCCCUGUACCUGGAUCGCCCCGGCCCUGGGGGCCCUUCCAAGCCACCGCCCCGGCCUCGGCCUGCCCCGGCGAGCGGCCUCCCCGCAGGCGCCUCUUUCCCCGCGCGCGCCUCCCCCGGCCCGCGUGUCCCGCUGAAGGCAGCAGCGAACCUGCAGGUGGCCUCGAAGCAGGCACCUGACUUUGGGAGGCGAGAGUGGGGUGCACCUGCCAGAGUGGUGUCAAGCCUUGUGAAGAAACCUGAGGAGGACAUCUACCUGGAGUGUGAGCCUGACCCAGUUCCGGCCUUGACUCAGACUCUGAGCUCUCAAGUUCUGCUGCCCCCAGUCCCUCUGCCAGUGACACCUGUGGUGCCCAGGCCUACCAUAACCCCCCAGGAAUCUCGGAAGGGAGCAGCAGACGCCACCUCCAAAGGAUCUACGCCAAGUGGGGAACCCAAGAUCCCUCCUCAAUUGGGACUUACACAAGGGCUGGCUGCAGGAAGGAGAUUGUCUCUUCCCUCCAGAGGGCCCCCCAGGAGCACCUCCGCUGCCCAGGAUGGCAGCCUGCUGGGCCAGCCAUGGUAUGCAGGGAACUGUGACCGGCUUGCUGUUGAGAGGGCCCUGCUUCGCUUCCAAAAGGACGGGGCCUACACAGUGCGCCCCAGCUCAGGGCCUCACCGCUCUCAGCCUCUCACGCUGGCGGUGCUCCUCCGAGGCCGGGUGUUCAACAUUCCCAUCCGGCAGCUGGAGGGCGGGGGCCACUACGCUCUGGGCCGGGAGGGCAAGAGCCAUGAGGAGCUCUUCCCCUCUGUGGUGGCCAUGGUCCAGCACUAUGCAAAGCACCCGCUGCCUCUGGUGGACAGACACAGCGGUGGCCGGGAGCUCACCUGCCUGCUGUUCCCCACCAAGCCCUAAGUCUACAGUGGAUCAUACACAUACCCACCUCCCCGGCCCACAGUGUUCCCCUAGACCCCCACCACCCAAGAUGCCUUCGGGUCUCUUCCCCAUCUCCAACAUAUGGUCCCUGCAGGACACAGAUAAGAGGCACUGACAAAGGUUGGCUAGAGGGAGGAAGAGGCUGCCACCAUCCCUCCCUGCAGCACAUCCAGGGCAAGCAUGGCAGCGUCUGCCCUGUGAACUAGGCCACUUGAGGUAUCCUAGGGGGAGGCAGGAUGGUGGCUCCAAGAGGGUGACCUCCUCAGGGAAGCUGAGCCACAAGGAAGCUGUGAGCCACCUCACAGCACUGCUGGGACAGCAAAAGGAAUCCCCUCACAUUCUCUUGGGGACAUAGCACCUUUGUGAAGGGCCUAGGUCACCCUGCACUUAGUACCCUCUCAAUAAACAUUUGCUGGAUGAA